CGAGCGGCGGGCGGGGAGCGAACUACCGGCGGCCGGGAGGAAGCGGGGGCGGCGAGGGCCGGAGCCGGGAGCGGGGCCGGAGCCCGGGAGCGGGAUGCGGUGGCGGCCGGGGAGGCCGCCUGGCUGCUUGAGGGCGAUACCAUGCACCCGGCCGUGGCGGUAGGGCUGGUGUUCGGCGGCUGCUGCAGCAACGUGGUGUUCCUGGAGCUGCUGGUCAGGCAGUUUCCAGGAUGUGGGAACAUAGUGACAUUCUCCCAGUUCCUGUUCAUCGCGGUGGAAGGCUUCAUCUUCGAAGCCAACUUUGGGAGGAAGAAGCCUGCCAUACCAAUAAGGUACUAUUUCAUCAUGGUGGCCAUGUUCUUCACUGUCAGUGUGGUCAACAACUAUGCCCUGAACUUAAAUAUCGCCAUGCCGCUGCACAUGAUCUUCAGAUCGGGCUCUCUCAUAGCAAGCAUGGCUCUAGGCGUCGUAAUUUUGAAGAAAAGGUACAGCGUAUCUAAAUACACAUCCAUAGCCCUGGUGUCGCUGGGGAUCUUCACCUGCACCUUCAUGUCUGCAAAGCAAGUGGCAUCUGACCCCAGCUUAAAUGAAGAGGACGGACUCCAGGUUUUCUUGUGGUGGCUGCUAGGUAUUGCUGCCCUCACCUUCGCCCUCCUCAUGUCUGCCAGGAUGGGGAUCUUCCAGGAGACACUGUACAAGCAGUUUGGGAAGCACUCCAAAGAGGCCCUUUUUUACAAUCACGCGUUACCACUCCCUGGCUUUCUCCUCCUGGCCCCAAACAUCUACCACCAUGCAGUCCUCUUCAACCAGUCUGAGCCCUUCCAGGUCCCAGUGAUCGGGCUGACCCUGCCAAUCAUGUGGUUCUACCUCCUCAUGAACGUCGUCACUCAAUACGUCUGCAUCCGCGGCGUCUUCAUCCUCACCACGGAGUGCACCUCCCUCACCGUCACGCUGGUGGUGACCCUACGCAAGUUCGUCAGCCUCAUCUUCUCCAUCCUCUACUUCCGCAACCCCUUCACGGCCUGGCACUGGUUGGGCACCACCUUCGUCUUCGUGGGGACUCUCAUGUACACGGAGGUGUGGAACAGCCUGGGGCCCUUCCUGGCCCGCUGGAGGAAGAGGCCGAAGGAGGAGUAAACCACCAGGGACUCUCUGCAGGGACCUUUUUAUUGGUUUUUUUUAGAGCGGAGCAGCAAGGAAUCCCCCAGAGGGGGGUUGUUUUUAUAACACACGGGGGAGGUGUUGGCUGUGCCAAGCUCCUGAGAAACGUGGAGCCUCCGCUUGGAACCUACCUGAGAUGGAUUAUGGAGAGAUGACACGGUUAUUUUUUUGCAAGGUUGCAUUUUUUUUUGAUGCAACCCCUUUUACUUCCAACCUCCCCCCUUGGUUUUUGGUUGGGUUUGGGUUUUGGUGUUUUUUUUUUUAUUAUUAUUUUGAUAACCCUUUUUAAGUAAUGUAAAAGCUGCCCCCGUUCUCUGUGUGGAGCCCAACCUUGGUGUGGUGCUGUUGUCCACUCCUUCCAGCUUUGAUGAGCUGGACCCUGAUCCUCUUUGGUGCCGUCCCUUGAUAUCCAGGUGGCCAUCACAGUUGGCUGACUCCCCCAGUUAGUUGGCUGACUCCCCCAGUUAGUUGGCUGACUCCUCCAGUUAGUUGGCUGACUCCUCCAGUUAGUUGGCUGUAAACUUGAGUCCUUGUUGUGUGACCCUACCACCCAUGCUGGAAGGACCUUGGACAUGCCUGUAAGCCCACCACCUCUCCAGUCUGCCCAGUAGACCCUCCGCUGGGGGAAUGGCUCAGAGGGCUGAUUCCCCAACCACCGAGCCCCCCCAUGACUAGGAGGAGGACCUAGUUGGGAGCCUGAGGAAACCACAAAGGGGUGAUGCUGAGGGGACAGAAAGUGCCACUGUGUCACCUUCACAGCCUUCUCAGGGAGAUGGUGAAGUGCUGUUGAGGCUUCUCUGCAUCCUCAGGUGUUGCCCUGAUGGUUCACCAGCCAGAGGGUGUCAUGGGUUCCUCCUGCUUUGGUUGGGUCCUCGGUGCAGGUCACUUUUCAGUCACUUCCUACUUUUUCCCUCAUUAUGAGCGUGUUCUUAGGGCUUCGUUACCAGCAGGUAAUGAGCAGUAACGAGUUCCAACGAGCUGUGCUGAGCCCCCGACCCUCCUGUGGUCCUCCCCAGAUCCAGCCCAACCUCAGGGUUCAAAUGAUGCCAAGAAACUCCAGAAGGGCCAGUACAACUGAGAUUAUUUUGCUGCUUGGGGGACUGGUUUUGCUCUCCCUUCUCCCAGUUCUCCUCUUCUCCCACCCCUUGGGCAUCAGCUUCGCUUGUGGCAUUUCUGGGCUUCAUAGCAGCAUCCACCGGUGUCCCUUAGUGUCACCUCCCACCUGGGCCAGGAGUGGCCUUCAGGAGCUCUAGGCACGUGUCCCCAUGGAUGGAGGCAAUCCGUGUCCCAGCAAGGUGAGGAGCAGUGGCCACAGCUCUUCUAGGAGCUGCUGGGUGUUGGGUUCAGCUUUGUCUUGGUCUUGGAGUGACGGGAAGCGCUGGUUUGUGCUGCUUCAGUUUUCCUGGAGCACCUUGUCCUCAUCAGUGUGACACUGUCCCUGCUCAGCUGUGGUAAUUAGGGCAACGUCAACCUGAUUCACACCAAACUUGGCCAAGGAAGGACAAUACUCCGUUGUACCUCCACCCAACGUCCCCACGGUGUCCAGCCUUGGUGUUUACAACCCCUCCAAUGUUCAACCUGCGCUUGUGGUGGGUUAAGCAGGACACGGCUGCUCGUUCCCUGUCCCCACCAGUGGGACCAGGUGGGGAGGAACGGGAAGAGCAAACCCAAGAAAACUCAUGAGUGGAGAUAAAGAUGGUUUAAUGAGCAAAAGAAAGAGGAAAGGAGGUGGGGAACCCCCAAGUGAUGCCAAGGCAACCACUCACCACCUCCCAGCCACUCUCUGACCAAUGGCCACCUUCCAGGUUGUCCUGGCUCUGCCCCUUCCUAGCAUCUUGCCUACCCAUGAUACAAUCACCAAUGAGGAGCAGAGUGGGGAAAAGGGGAAAGCCUUCUGCUGGAACCCUGGUGUGUUGUCACCUGGUGUGUUGUCAGCACUGAUUUAGCCACAAAACCCACACUGUAGGGACUGCUCUGGAAAAAAAUUAACUCCAUCCCAACCAGAGCCCACACGAUGCUGAUGGGACUCACAGCUCCCACCUUCCUGAGAUGCUGGAGGGUUUUCCCUUCUGGUUUUGAUUUCUCCCAAACCUGAAAAACCUCUCUUUUUUCAGACAUGGGAUGUUUCCAAGAAUUUUGUAGGUGGGAAUACAGUUCCCCACUAGUUACCCCAGCACAGGUCAGCUCUUGCUUCCAGCUCUUUGUGGAGGCUCCAGGAAGGACCUAGAGAAAAGCAACAACCUUCAUCCCUCAUCAUCAUCAGCUUCAGCUGAGCCAGAGCGAGGUAGAGGAAGGCAACACGAAGGCCAGUGAGUAACUGCUGGGGGGUCAUCAGAGCCUUUCUAGCACCAAAAUCUUGUGUUGUCUCCAGUGUCUGCGCGAUGCCGGGAGGUCUGGGGAGGUUUGGGGUUCUCUUCUUUUAACCCUGUGUUGUACUUGGGGGGGUCUUCACUCAUCAUAACGACGAUGGGUUAUUAUUUGUUGUUGUCGGGGGUAUUUCUUUUUCCUUUUAAUUUUACGGCGUGAUCUGUGCGUUUUUUGUGACUAUUGAUAACGGUUGGAGCGUGGCUGAAGCCACAGCCAUUCCCUUCCUGCUGUAGGAGAAGCAGCUGAGCUUGUCCCUUUGGGAGCUGGAGGAAAAGGUCCGUGCAGAAGGGCCCCAUUAGCCAAAAUUAGUCUUUUGAGGCCAGGGCUUCCCAAAAAGGGGCUACCGGUUUGUUUGGGUUUUAACAUUUGCCGUAGCGAUUAUAGCACCUAUUUUUUAGCAGAGGCUGGAAAAGUGGGGGAGCCAAAACUCUUUUUGAUCAGUGUUCUCGAUUUGCUGAGCUUUUGGGUUGGCUGGUUAGGCUUAGGGUGGUAUUUUUUGUUGUUAUUUUAAAAAAAAAACAAACAAAAAAACAACCAACAAAAUAAAUAUGUAUCCUCUUCAACCUA